CUACUCAACAGGUCGUUAUCUAUAAGGCUGUGCCAACUCACUAGCUGGUACUAGCGCAUCGUGCACAUACUACAUACCAAUCAAUACAGUAAUUGAACUUUAUAGUACGCACCGAAUCCUACUCGAAGUCGAUCAAAACAGUCAAUUCACAAAUUCCCCGAGAAUGUCUUCAGCAGAAGAGUCGCCAGCUCAGCGAGCAGCUCGUCUCCGACGCGAGCGUCGUGAAGCUAAAAUCAAAGAGGGUGGUGCAGCGCGUUUGGAUAAGAUUACUAGUCUCAGCGGACGCACACCCACAAGUAUGCGUGAAGAGACAUCGCCAUCUCCCCAGCCCCCUGCGCAGAUUUCUUCCACACCGGAGACAGAAAAGCCUCAAUCGCAACCAGCACCGGCACCAGCAUCAGCGCCAGCCCAACCAACGUCGAACCCCGAACCCCAGUCUCCCGAAAACCUACAAGCACAACAGGAGUUAUUCCGCGCCCUUCUCCGCCAAGGUGGACCAUCAUCAUCUGAGCAGGGCCCUCAGGAAGAGGAUCCCACCAUGCAAAUGCUCAAUACCUUAAUGGCAGGAAUGAAUGGGCAAGAUCAGGCUCCUGGUGGAGCUCCUGGUGGAGCUGCUGGCGGUCCAUCACCAGCCGAUCUCAUAUCUGCCCUUGGACUCCCUCCAUUUGUCGCGGAUCUUCUUGGAGCUGCAACUCACAAACCGACUGAUGAGGAGAAGAAGGAGGUCCGGACAUGGAAAGUUCUGCACGUACUGUUCGCGGUGGCUAUCGGGAUUUACUUGCUCAUGCUCAUUGGAACGUCAGUUUCUACCUACGGUAGCCAGCCACCACCCCCUGCCACUGCACAGAACCCAUUCCUUUACUUUACAACGGGGGAAGUUGUGUUGACUGGCGCGAGAUUAAUGAGCAAGGGCCGGACUGGGACGGCUGCCGGGAUAAUGCUCUGGCUUCAACUCUUCCAGGACAUAGUCCGCGACGGUAGCCUUGUUGUGUUCUUACUGGGGAUGGGCGCUUGGUGGAGCCGUGAGUGGACGGCCUAUUAAGCAUGAUUGAUGUUGUUGGUCGUUAUGCGCGUUACAACUGUUAUUUUGUUCUUUUCUCUUCGGAUCUUGCAUUGUAAGCUGUGAUGGUAUUCAUAUGAAAAGCAACGGCAACUGAAGCUAUGACCUCCUGUCUUAUAGUUUGAAUGUGUUAAUCACUUACUUGUCAUUAUUGGCACCACCGUACAAUAUACUUCACUCUCACUUCUA